GAUAAAGAUAAUAAACGUCGGCAAAAGAAAUCAUUUUUUCAAGAUAUUAUUCUUGAACGUGAAAAGAGAAAUACCGGGAAAAAUCAUGUAAUAGAAGGCGUAAAGGUUCUUAAUGAAGCAAGGUUCUCCAGUUCCGAUGAAGUUAUUUCCACUAUAAAUAAACGACAUCCUGAGGAUCAAGCCACCAGAACAAAAUCAACGUCGAACGAGAACUGGAAAAAAUUGACAAAAUUAACACAAAUCCACGUAGACGGGUCCUUCCCCCUCACUGAGGAACACCGACAGAUGAUUGAGCAGACAUUUAAUGGUAUGAAAAAGGAGAGAAUGUGGAGACUUUCAACAGGAAAAUAUGUCGAGGAAGAAUUAUUCGAAUUGGGGAAGAAGUUAAAAUUUGAGCAGUCACCAGCAUUUCAACUAGAUGAAAUUGAUUGCGCCCCUGGCCCACAGGUACCCGAGCUCUCAGACGAAAUCACUGAAUUUCUAAACAAAUUCGUUGACAAAGUAAGAGAAAUUCAAAGUGGAAGCUUGAAAGACGCAAAUCUUGAAGCUUGGUUUAAUUGCCACGUAGAACGUGGUCUUCGAUCAAGCUUUUGGAGAUGUAAAUGCGAUAUCUGUCGUCAGGUUUCUUUUAAUAAUUUAGAGGGAAAGUAUAAGCUUGGCAUCGGCGUCACGAAAAAUAUAAAAAGACUGUCAGGAGAACAGCGGAAAAUGGGUCGCAGGAUUGAUUGGAUCUUGAGAUCUGUUAGUAAUGGCGAUAGAGAUGAGUUCGGAACUGGGGAGCCGGAAGGAAGUUGGGUGGAUAAAAAUGGAACGAAGUUUCUCAAGGAGGCGGGAUUAAAGCUACCUAAGACACUCAAGGAUAUAUUAGUAAAAUUGAUGGAGAAAGCAGGCCGGGAUGAAGAAAGUCAUGCAAAAAUUCAAACGGUUGGAAUAAUUCACGCUGGUAUGUCCUUGUGUCUGUAA